GUUGGUAGUGUGUCAUAUUUCAGGGAAAGCAGCAGUCACUCAGUGGAACGUACACAAAUAUCCCGACCACUCAGACCCGACUGCCGCAAAAAAAUAUUUUAAAUGGGCCACACAAUGCAGAAAUAUUAUCAGAUGGACUUUGUGUUUUUCUGAAUUUGCCGUUCUAUGACUUCAUUUUGCAAGAUGCCUAAAUCUUCUCUAAGUUAGCCUAUACUUUCCGGGCUUGGGAAAUAAAAAGUUAUAAUAAGAACUAGCAGCUGUUUGUGGGAACUUAUCAUCUUAUUUUGUGGCUUGCAUCAGCUUUAAUUACGUUUCUCUUUCAAGAAAUCCUAAAGAGCAUUGGAAGUCAGCAGUGGAGCCGAAAACAGUUCUGCAUAUCGAAAAAUGGAAGAUGAUCAAAAGAUAUCACAUGUGCCACAGCUCACCUUGGGAAGUACAUGCAACGCUUAUCUUUGUCAUAAAAGAAUUUCUAGAAGCUGUCGGGAUAUGCCUGCUGUGAUUUUCAGUUGCACGUUGUCCUUCAUCACUUUAGGAUUUUGCAUUUUAGUAUGUUUGAGAACAUCGGAUUUGCAGUCUCGGGUUUUAAACUUUGAACGGGAAAGAGACACGCACCUCUCAGCCUGGAUCUCACUGGACCAAAUAGAGCCCAUUAUUCUUGGCAGGCUCGAGCAGCUUAUGGAAGAGAAACUGUCUGCUCGCUUGCCUAGGAUCCGAGACACACGAGAUGCUCCUCAUAGCUGUGUUUGCCCACCAGGCCCUCCUGGAGCAAGGGGAAAGCGAGGUCGCAAUGGGGAUCCAGCAUCUGUGAACCUGAAGAUUUAA